GUAAACUUCCGUAACUGCAUACUUAGCCUCUCGUGUCUCUGCAUCUGCGUGCUGAGGUCAUUGAUAUCUCUUUUCCACCCUCUUCCAAACUUUCCCAUUCCCUCCCAUUCUCCUCUCUCCUGUGCCAGAUUGAGCCUCUCUGCAAAAACCCACCCUCCCAACUCGGUUGUCGCUCAAAGCAUCACAAAAUUACCUUUCGAUACUUUUUCUCGGGGCUGUUGUAACCUCCCUAGGUACUCGUGUGUACACCCGAAUCGUCGAUCACGGGACUUUGCUCUCUUGAUCUUGGGCCUUUCGUUGGCUGCAUCACCCAGUCUGCGGCACACGUCAUCAUUCUCGUCUCCUUCCUCCUCUGAGACCGCCCCCCGAUUCUUAGCUGCGCCCUCGAUCGCCUUCGUAUCGCCAAUCUCGAAAACCCCCCCAAAAAAACACGUUGUGAUUCAGGUUGUUGAUUGGGAUUCAACCCGUGGAGAGGGUUCGCUUCUGUGCAAAAGGCUUUGGAGGAAUACCACUCGUCCGGCCACUGCUUAAGCCCACCCUUGGACAGGCCGCUCGGACAAAGCCAACCCUGCUUCCUCGCGCUCCCCCCCUCCCCCCCAAGCCUGCACUCCCUCGCCUGCCCUACCUCCAAAAUAUAUGAGGCGCCAACGCCUUCCCAGCUCUAUCGACGUCACUUCUGCAACGGCUGACGUUGUUUCCUCAUCUACGUAUUGCUUCAUCCCAUCCCGACAAUAUGGCGAGUGCCGCAGUCGCAACUCAACCAUCACAACAACACCUUGGGGCUGGCCCAACUUCUCGUACCUCGUCGCCUAUGGACAAUAAGAAAGCCACAGCGAAGCAAGAAGCAUCCAAGACAUCCCCUUCGCAGGCCAAGUCAUCGCUUCCAGAACCACAACCCACCUCGCUGGCCGAAGAACCCAAGCCCAUCGUUCAAGCAUCAGAACCCCUUGCGCCGCCGCCGCGACCUGCGCCCACCACUCAGGCAGAGACGCCCGACUACUUCUCGGCCCUGCACAACAACGGGAGCAGCAUUGGCCAAGAAUUCAAUCCUUUUGAACAAUCCUUCGGAGCGCCCUCGACAGAGACUCCCGGCAAGAACUUGCUGCCUCCUGUCGCCGCUCUCACAUCUCCUGCCAUCCCUGGCACCAGCUCCACUGGAGGAUACAACUGGCAAAGCUCUCUUCGGUCGGGCCCGCUGAGCCCUGCAAUGUUGGCUGGUCCACAGCAAGGUGAUUACUUUGACAGUAUCGGCCGUGGCUUCCCAACGCCCAACGAGUCAUCCCUCCGAACUGGCCUGACUCCGGGCGGUGGCGGGUCUAUGUUCCCGGUCCCCAGCCCGAACUCACAAGCACUCUUUAACUCUUUGCAAAGUGGCGGCGCCACUCCUGGUACUCUUGAUUUCCAUCGCACAGCCAUCAACGCUGCUGCAAGAAACAAGAACAACCAGUUUGCCAAUACGUCCAACCCACAAGAAACUUCCACCAGCAACAUGGACUCUGUGCACGACGCCACCGACGCGGCCAAUGGCCUGUUCAUGCUAGCGAAGGGAGGUCCGACCAAUAAUCAAUUCGCGGUGCCCAACCCGACAUCCGUCCCGGCUGCCCAGGACCAGAAACGGAACAGUAGUGACACGGGUGAAAGCGCCGAGAGCCCCCAGGAAUCCAAGCAUGCCACCCGUAGUGGGCGUGGUAAGAAGGCGGUUAAAGCUGAGCCGGCCAGCAACCGAAGAAAGUCGGAAGCAAGUGCCAAAGGAAGCAAUAAACGUGCCAAGGGCAAUUCAGGCGCUGCAAACGUGGAUCCAGCCCUUGACCCCCACGAAGAAGACGACGACGAUGAUGACGACAGCGACGAAGGUGAAGAACCUGGGAAACCCACGACAACGGCCAACAGCGGCAACAAGAAGAUGACAGAUGAAGAGAAGCGGAGGAAUUUCCUCGAGCGCAAUCGUGUUGCUGCACUCAAAUGUCGCCAAAGAAAGAAACAGUGGCUGGCUAACCUCCAGGCCAAGGUGGAAAUGUAUUCGGCCGAAAAUGACAGCCUCAACACACAAGUUGCUCAGCUUCAUGACGAAAUUCGGAAUCUCCGCACUCUGCUCAUGGGACAUAAAGAUUGUCCCGUAGGGCACGCCCAGGGCAUCGGGCAAUUUUUGAGCGGCAUGCAGGACCCCAACGCAUUCGGCAACCAACAUGUCAACCCGUACGGAAUGGCCUUGCCGAACGGCGCACCUCUACAACCUGGCAUGCAGCGAACGUGAGCACAGUCGCCACACCAGUGCAUUGCUAGGCGCGGAGCAACAAAUUAUGUUAAUUGCAAGACUAAUAUUACUCGUCAUGAACAUUCGACCUUAUUUAUCCGUGCAGGGGGUUUGGCAGAGUGUGAGUAAAGAGGCGUCGUCCAUUUCUGGCGCUUGGAAGGUCCGGCCAUCAUGCAACAGGCUAGGGUUUCUCAUGAUUUUUGUAGCAUCUUCUCCACGAUGCGCUCUUCACUUGUUUUAUUUUGUACAUAAAAUCUUCCGGAGGACGGGGGGCGGGGAAGGGGUUCUGUACAGCACCAGGCAAAAAGAAUAGCAACGGCCGGCCUCUGAAAAUUCUUGGUGUGGCCCAUGGAGUGCAGUUUCUUUAUCCUUUGGCUCCUUGCUCAUGCGAUAUGCGAGAAUACACACACGCGCACAUGUGGGCUCUGUGGUGGACAGAUGGAUAUGAUGAAACGUCCAUGGCGCAACGAAACGGCGAGGGGGUAGGAGGCGAGCGGUUGUCAGAUGGAUUCCCUUGCGGGUGUCUUGUUCUCUUCAGCCUAAAGGAGGCACAACACGCCGGGCCGAACGGGGAUGAGCUUCCUGGGUUACCCUAGAUAUUGAUACAGUGUAGCUAGUUCGUGGAGAGAAAGGACACCCUCAAAUGAUCAAGAUUAUGUAGUUUGAGUCCGUGGUGGUGCGCUCGGUCCGAGUAGAUGUCCAUGGACGUCUUUCU